GAGAGAGAGAGAGAGAGAGAGAGAUUGAAAUUUAGUUACAGGUUAUUGUAACUAUUUAUAAUUUGAUACAUAAUCUAAUGUAUUGUAAUUAUUAUUUAAUAGUACAGGAUUAGAUUUAGCACAUAGUAAAGGAUUAAACACGACGAUUUUCCCACCAAUGGAAAUGCGAGGAGGGCGGAGUUAGCGGUGGUUUGACUCCGCCCCCUGCACUUCUGCUUCUGUAGCGAGGAGAGGUAGUGUGUGGAGAACAUGAUUACAACUUCUUCUGUAACUUAUGAAUUAGGCGAGUUAAUGGUUAAAUGGUUUAAUGGUCUCAACACAGUGUUGAGAUAAGACGAAUAGUUCAGCACAGUUUAAACAGUUUAUUUACACAGUUAAGGGGCGCAGCUCCGCCUCCUGCUGAGGAUUUCCUGCGUCGUCAGCGUUUGGAGUUGAACUUCACAGAGAAGAACAACAACACUGGACUGCUGGGAAGUUUUAUGGGGAACAGAGCGCGUUAUGAUCACAGGAUUAAAGCCCACAGCGUGUAGAGAGGCUGUGUAAAGUGUGUGUGUGGGUCUGUGUUAGGUUCAGGGUGUGGAGAUGAGAGGUAAUCAGGGCUGGAGUUUAUAGUUAGUUAAGGGUUAGUUCCUCCUACCCGGCGCGCGCACAGAGCGCAUAGCUGAAACUAUGCCUGCAGCUACCAAGAUGAAGAAACCAGACGUGAAAGUGGCCAUUCUGGGCGACAUGAACGUCGGUAAAACAUCUCUGCUUCACAGGUACACCGAGAGGAAGUUCAAGGACACUAUCAGCACGGUCGGAGGCGCGUUCUACCUGAAACAGUGGGGACCUUACAAUAUCUCCAUAUGGGACACUGCAGGUCGGGAGCAGUUCCAUGGGCUCGGCUCUAUGUACUGUCGCGGAGCUGCUGCAAUCAUGCUCAUCUAUGACGUCACCAACUGGCAAAGCUACGUGGAGCUGGAGAACCGCUUCCUUUCCCUAACCGACACUGCCAACGCUGACUGCAUCUUCGUCAUAGUAGGCAACAAAGCCGACCUGACUGACCCGCAAGCUCAUGUUCCUGAAGCACAGUCUGAACCAGGGGCUGAACCAGGGACUGAAUCUGAGCCUGAAGCUUCACCUACAUGCCUGCCUCCUCCUGCCUCCCCUCUGCUGCUACACAGACAGGUGAACAGGGAGGACGCCAUGGCUCUGUAUGGACGUGUUCUACGCUACAAAGGCCUGGAAGAGAACGCCUGUCUGCCUGCUGACAGAACGUGCUUUGAGACCAGUGCUAAAACAGGGUACAAUGUGGAUGGGUUGUUUGAGACAGUGUUUGACAUGGUGCUGCCCUCCAUACUGAAAAAGAAAAGUGACGGUGAGAACUCCACUGUGGACCUGGAAAUUUCCAGGACAGACAAGAAGAGUAAAGCUGGCUGUUGUAGCUAGAAGGAAUGUUAAAGACCCUGUUUAUACCUGGUCACUUUCUGUGUCUAGAAUUAGUAUCAGGAUAAUGGGCUCAUUGAUAUCUUGCACCCCGCCAACAGUAAAUGUUCACUCCUUCAUUCUGCGUCGAUUAAAUAGCAACAGUGCUUGUGAAUAUAUCUACGCUGAUGGGUGUAUAGGUCUAGAACUGAGGUGUGUUCAGGUAUAUUUCUGGUGUGUUGCUAUCUUAGCGACGAAAAACACAGGUGCACCACUGACUGAUUUGAACCCUGACUACAGUCAACCCUCAGACGCUUAUAGCUAUCUUGGCUACUUAGGUUUAGCAUAUACUGCUCGUUACACACAUACAUGAACAUGUUGAAGUGCGCAAACCCAACAUUUACAUCAACAGUAAACUGAAUACAAAAUAAAAUAACAUUGCUGUUCCCGUAAAUGAGCUGCUGGUUCACCUUCAGUUCAGCGGGCGCUGUUAAAUAGAAACAGUGCUGAAUAUAUCUACACUGAUGGGUGUAUUGGUCUAGAACUGAGGUGUGUUCAGGUAAAUUUCUGGUGUAUUGCUAUCUUGGUAACAGAAAACACAGGUGCACCACUGACUGAUUGGAACCCUGACUACAGUCAACCCUCAGACGCUUAUUGCUAUCUUGGCUACGCAGGUUUAGCAAAUACUGCUCGUCACACACAUACAUGAACGUAUAUGAAAAAUAAUCUGAAUACUAAAUAAAAUAACAUUGCUGUUCCCGUAAAUGAGCUGCUGGUGCACCUUUACUUCAGUGGGCACAAGCAGGUCAGUUUCCUGUGCUGAGAAGUGCAGAAUCGCUGCGCAGAUAAAAUAGCAACACAAAACUCUUAAAGGGAAUGGUGAGUCACACGCUUAUUUGUUUAUUUCACAUUAUGCCUAAAACACACCCAUGAUUAAUUAAGAGAAUUGGUACAUGCACAAACCCUAAAGCACUCCUAGUUUCUAUAUUAUUAAGGUCAGGUAAAUGAACACACACUCACACACUUGUAGUCUUGUAGUGAUUCUCUAAGUAUGUUCAGUAUUAAUAGUGUAAUUUGGGAGCUUCAUGAGUUAAAAUUAUGUUCUAAAAGGAAUUUUACACAGUGUUUGUGACGCACAUCAAUGUCACCAUGGGCUCUUUUUAGUUAACUCGAGCUCGACUCUAGUGGUUUUGACUACAGCACUACAACAUGCAUCACUGCAAGUUCUCCAGCUGCUGAUAGUUCUGCACUUCUGCAUGUUUACUCAACAUUUUACUAAUCUAACAGGCGUUCCUGAUGCAAACAGUUCUGUUCUUUCUCUUUUGCAUUCCACUAUGGUAAAAUGGUCAAAAACUAACUAUUUCUGAGUACAGAGUGCUCACCUUUAACACUUUUAUCUAUACUGCCUACUUCCUAUUUAAACACUAGUUAGUGUUAGUGAUUUACAGUAUAUGCAGUUGGGACGCACCCAUUGUGGAUUUUGAGGCAGCUGCCAUCUUCAUCACAGCUCAGUUUGACCCCAUUCACUUUCUAACAUAUUUAAAUAAAUGAUUGUAAGAAUAUAUUUUUUACUUCAUAUUUAAUUAAUUAAUGACCAGUUUUAAUGGUGUUUUUGCUGUAUCAAACAUAAAAUAUAAAAAUAUCAGCAUUUUACACACACUUGUUUUGGAUGAUUUAAAGGUCGUUGUGGCAUGCAUUUUUAUAAUCUUUAAAAGCUUUAGAGUCCUAAAAUAUAAUCAUAAUUAUUACUGAUGGUACACACAAGGGAUGUGGGGGGGGAUAGUAAUUUUGAAAACAUAUAAAAGGUUUCCACAGCAGAUUCUAAGUUCACCAGUUCUCUAGAUGUUCUCACUGUGUCUCUCUCUUUCCGCUCUCUCUCUCAUCUAAAAAUAACAUCUAAGGAAUGUUUUUUUCUAUAAAUAAGAUGGUGUCACCUCUAUUUUACCAUGAUGGUUGCAUAUAAAGAUGGAUGUGUCUGAGACACAAAUGGUGAUGUUAAGGAGGAUCCUGAUUAUGGAGAAUCAAUCCUCCUCUGAUGAGAAUGAGCUGCCUACUGUUGACCCUCCUUUUUUCUCACAACCACUAGCAAACAAGUCAGUUUAAGUUGCCAUUACAAAAAUGGACAAACACUAAUACAGUAAAACAAACACUAUAAAAGAAACAAAAGACUAACUAGAGGUCUAAUUAAACAAGCAAUCCAAAGAUAACAAACCAGAAAUUUUGUAGACAAAACUACGGUGGGACUGUGUCUCAAACACGACAGGGCCGAAUAAAGGAACACAUGGGAUAUAAAUACAAACUGAAAGACUGGGAACACAUGGGGAAGGAAACGAGUGGGCGGGGUAGCAAACGUGACAGAUAAAAAAAAACACUAAUGACUGGGUGAGGCUAGGGCAGAGACAAGACACAAACAGAAACAAAACAGAGUCAUGUGCUAAAGAGCACACGGUAAGAAAAUAAAAAGAGAAAAAAAUACAGAAAAGCAGGACAUAAAAAGGAAAAGGUGUGACCAACUACCUUUCAAACAUCAAAAGUUAUUAUUGCCUCCCUACUUGAACAACAGAAUUGAUUUAGUGCUGCUAAUGUCAUCAAAAUGAUCCAGGCCCAUCAGAUACAGAAUUUUCUGAGGCUUUUUAAAAUGGUCAACAAAAAAUAUAGCAUACAUCAGUUAGAAUUUUAAUUAUUAUAUAAUAAUUUUACGGCGGUUAAAAUUGCAGGGGUCAAAUUGACCCUAAUGAUAAAAGAUAAACAACAAAGUAAAUUUUAACAGGGUUUAAUUAACCGGAGACACAUUUGACUAAGUGUACCAAGUGUAAAUACAUGUGGUUCAAAUCUUAUCAGAACAAAAGAGAUAUUAUUCACAUUGAGUGACCAGGUGUAAACGUUGGGUUCCAGGGAUUGAGAAAGGGCUUCCUACUGAAUUAAUAUUACUGCCAAAUACAAGAAAGCUGUGGAAUGUUGUUUGGACUUUGUGGAGUACUGUGUUACUCUUGCCAAGGUAUCAAAUUGAACCGAGAAUGAGGGACUAUUGUGUUGUAAAUACAGUAUAUACAUUUUUUUAAUGACUACUAUUAUUGCACUACUAUUGUGCACUGCACUGUUUUAAAAGGUGAAAGUAAGACAAACUCAGGUUCAAGAUUAGAGUAUUUUGGGAUGUAAAAUGAAGUAGGAGAAGCAGUAUUUCAGGAAUCACCACAAGAAUCACACCAGAUUAGCCUUUUAACUGCAGUUUUUUUUUAUAGGAAUGUAAACGGUGGUCUUUUUAAAGUUAAUACUGCAAGUUUGUUGGCAUACAGACAAUUCCUUUAUGUAUUUUUUUUUACUUAAAAUACCAAAUGUGUUAAUGAGUCAAAAUCUUGUCAUACUAAUACCUCCAUUCUUGCAUCAUUAUUUUUGCUAAUAUGUAAAGAGAUAAGGAUUUUAAAAUGAUAUGAUCAUGGUGUUUGCUGCAUCUUUGUCUUAACAAUUGUUUAAAGAAUUCCUUCCACAUAAAACAGUUGUGAAAUCAAAUGUUGGUUUAUAUUUAUUAUGUCAUUUUGAAGCAUUUCUAUUGGUCAAUUCAUAAUGAUAUUUUGACACAAUUUAAUGUAAUGUUGAAGUCAAAAACUUAAAAAAUUGGUUUUUACUUGGUAUUGAAAAUACAGUACCAGUCAAAAGUUUGGAUGCACGUUCUCAUCCUCAAAUGUUUUUAAUUUUUUCUAUAUUGUGAAUAAAUACUAAAGUGAUCCAGACUAUGAAGGAACAAAAAGCCUUAAAGUCAUAAAGCUGACUGAGAAAAUGUACAGAUGUUCAAAGUUAUCAUCUAAGCAAGAGGUGCUGCUUAGAAAAAUCUAAAAUACAAAACACUUAUUUAUUUAUUAAAUAAUUCCAUUUUUUUUCUUCAUAGUUUGAAUGACUUUAGUAUUAAUCUACCAUACAGAACUUUUUAAAAUAAUGAUAUAAUUAAAGGUGUGUCCAAAAAAAUUGACUGGUAAUGUAUGAAUUUGAAUACAUCUAAAAAGGUGAAUAUCUACAGAUACUUUUUAUGAUUGAAAUCAAUCUGCAUUUCUACAAAUAAGCAAAUGAAUGACACAUAACAAACAACAAAAAAAUACCAAACAGAAGCAUUUAUUUGGCUGUUACUCCAUUAUGCUAACAAAUCAUUCACAAUCAUUCAGAACACGGUUCAAAAAUUAUUUUCCACAUAAUUACAUUAUUUAAAAAAAAGGAACUGGGUAAUGGAGCAGUGACUGGUAUACACUGGUAUACAUGGCAAAUAAAUUUUAUAUCAAUUUCAUUGUAACAGUUCUGUGUUUAAACUUCAUUUUUGUAUGUUUUUUUUCAUGGGUAUAUAAAAUAAAAUAGGCACAUAAAACAUUUACAAAGGCACGUGGUUAGCACAGCUGAGCAAAGUACAGUGCGGUCAACCCUGCUGUUUAUUUUGGUCUGUUAAUCAUUAUUUAAAGGCUGCAGUUUGCCAACACACCUGUAGAAAGCCAGCCAGUGGUGAACGCCUUUGGUUAUGGAAUCAGAAAUCUACUCAAACCUUUGGACAGCGACCGUGUGCUUAAAAUACAGGCGUGCACACGUUCUGUCUGUAAGAGUUUUGUUAAGCUCAGAACUGAAAAUCAGUGCAAUCUGUGUAAUUUAGACAUAUACAAAUACACAAACA